AGAGUGGGAGAUCAUUAUGCCAACAUUGCUGAGAACUCCGAGGUGGAUUCGUUCAUUGAUACCUGGUACACGCACGAGAAGUUCCGCCAACUCACUCACAUGAACAAUGACAUUGCCGUGGUGGUGCUAAAGACGCCACUCAAGUUCAGUGAUUAUGUGCAGCCGAUCUGUUUGCCGGAACAUGGUGCACCUCUGGUUGAGAAUCGCACGUGCACCAUCUCCGGCUGGGGAUUUAAAUCAGGCGUAUCAACUCCAGCGCAGGAAUUGAGAGCAGCAGAAUUGCCCAUUUUGCCAGAUGCCACCUGCAAGCAGUUGAAUGUCUAUGGAGAUGCCAUGACUGAGGGCAUGUUCUGUGCCGGCUCCAUGGAUGAGAGCGUGGAUGCCUGCGAGGGCGAUUCUGGCGGUCCGCUUGUCUGCUCCGAUGAGUAUGGUGAGACACUGUACGGCAUCAUAUCGUGGGGACAACACUGCGGUUAUCAAAAUCGACCUGGUGUCUAUGUUCGCGUCUGUCACUAUAUCGAUUGGAUCUACGAGAAGAUCAAUCAAAGCUUGCAGCGCUUUUAAAUAGCCCCCCUUUCUUCCCCUUUUAAGCUUAUUCAUUUAAGUUUUCACUCAGCAAUUUUCAAAAAUAAAAUGUAGCACCUAAAAGUAG